AUGCACAGCCAUACGCCCCACUCCUCUCCCCAAGACACCGAGACCGAUACAGUCGUCGACGUCGAAGAAACCACCGAGCCCGUCUUGCAACUAGCCCGCACAUUCUCUCUAACUCAUACAUUCUCCGCCCUGUCGACCAACAUCAAUCCGUUCCUCGCCCAAGACCAGCACCUCGAUCCCAAGUCUCCAGACUUCCAACCUGAGGCCUGGGUCAAGGCUCUGCUUCACGCUUUUUCCAAAGACCCGAGCAAGCAUCCACGGUAUACAGCUGGUGUAUCCUGGCGCAAUCUUAGUGUUCAUGGCUUCAGCGAUCCGACUGAGUUUCAGAAGGAUGUCUUGAACGUUAUUUGGAGAAGUCCCCUUGCUGCGUUUGAUUGGUUUGCCAAGAGGAAACAGAAGGUCAAGAUCAUCUCUGAUUUUGAUGGUUUGGUCAAGAGUGGAGAGCUGCUUCUUGUGCUGGGUCGUCCUGGGAGUGGUGUUUCUACCCUUCUCAAGACAAUCGCUGGUCAUACUCACGGACUGCAUCUCGACGACUCAUCCGAGUUCAACUACCAAGUAAUCUACCAAGCCGAAACAGACAUCCACUUCCCCCAGCUGACCGUCGGUGACACCCUCCUCUUUGCCGCCCUCGCCCGCACGCCCCAGCAUAUCAUCGCCAACAUAUCCCGUCACGUCUACGCCCAACAUAUGAGAGACGCUGUAAUGGCUAUGUUUGGUAUUUCCAACACUCUCAAUACCAAGGUUGGCGAUGACUUUGUUAGGGGCGUUAGUGGUGGUGAGAGGAAGAGGAAGUCUAACUAUCGUCCAAAGGAGUUUGACAAGGUCUUACUUCUCUACGAAGGCCGCCAGAUCUUCUUCGGACCAACAAACGAAGCGGCACAGUACUUCACCGCCAUGGGCUUUGAAUGUCCUCCCCGCCAGACAGCCGCCGACUUCCUAACAUCCCUCACUAACCCCGACGAACGAAUAGUGCGACCUGGCUUUGAGAACAAAGUCCCUCGCAGUCCCGAUGAGUUCGCAAACGAGUGGAGAAUGAGUCAGCACAGGGCUUCACUACUAAAUGACAUCGCUGCGUUUGAGAUCCGGUAUCCUUUCGACGGGAAACAAGUUGAGACGCUCAAGGGUAUCAGAAGAGCUCAGAAGGCCAAGUUCUCAUCUGACAAAAGCCCUUUUACAAUCUCGAUCCCAAUGCAGAUCCAUUUGUGUAUUGGUCGAGGUAUCAAGAGACUUCUCGGCGACAAGACCUUUUUCAUUGUUACCAUUGUGGUCAACUUUGUCAUGUCGCUUGUUCUUGGUAGUGUUUACUUCAAUCUGCCUAGCACGGCUGAGGCCAUGAACCAACGAGCCUCUGUGCUCUUCUUUGCUAUUCUUUUCAACGGCCUUAGCAGUGCGUUGGAGAUCCUGGCCCUCUAUGUCCAACGACCGAUUGUCGAAAAACACGCAAGAUAUGCCUUGUAUCGACCUCUUUCCGAGUCUGUCUCUUCCAUCAUCUGCGAUUUACCUUCCAAGAUCAUCUCAACUCUCGCUUUCAACAUUCCGCUCUACUUUAUGGUGCACCUCCGUCGCGAUGCCUCGGCCUUCUUUAUUUUCCUUCUCUUCAGUUUCACCACUACCAUGGCCAUGUCAAUGAUCCUUCGUACUAUCGCCCAGUCGUCCAAAACGGUUCAUCAAGCCCUCGUUCCGGCUGCCAUCUUCAUCAUCGGCUUGGUCAUCUACGCUGGGUUUGUCCUCCCGAUUCGAAGCAUGAAGGGUUGGUUGAGAUGGAUCAACUACGUCAACCCAAUUGCUUAUGCGUAUGAAUCUCUGAUCGCGAAUGAAUUCUCGGGUAGGUCAUUUAGAUGUCGGACAAUGAUACCUUCUGGCCCGGAGUACGAGAACAUCGAGCCGAGUCAGCGGACCUGUUCUGUUGCUGGUGCCCUCCCAGGCCGUGAUUUCAUCGACGGUGAUUUCUUUAUUGGGACUUUCUACAAGUACCACUACUCCCACCUUUGGAGGAACUACGGCAUCCUCAUCGCUUUCAUCAUCUUCUUUACCUUCACCUAUCUGUUUGCGGCAGAGUACUUCUCAUCUGAAGCUUCCAAGGGCGAGGUCCUGGUAUUCCGCAAGGCCCAGGACUCUCACCGCAAAAGAACAACCGACGAAGAAGCCAUAAAGUCAGAUUUCCAGCCUCCGCGAGCGACGAGCGAUGGCGUGAUCCACCCAUCGACUGAGAAGCCACUAACCUCUUCCACCUUUUGCUGGAGGAAUGUCUGCUACGACGUGAAGGUCAAGGGCGAGACACGACGAAUCCUUUCGGACGUCAAUGGUUGGGUUCAGCCAGGCAAGCUGACUGCUUUGAUGGGCGCCACUGGGGCCGGCAAGACCACACUUCUCGACGUAUUAGCCGAUCGCGUCACCACGGGAGUCAUCACGGGCGACAUCCUUGUAAAUGGACUACCGCGCGGCAAAUCAUUCCAGAGAACCACGGGAUACGUGCAGCAGCAGGACAUCCACCUCGAGACAUCUACUGUGAGGGAAGCUCUCCGUUUCAGUGCUGUUCUCAGACAACCGACUGCUAUUUCCAAGCAGGACAAGGUUGACUACGUUGAAGAGGUGAUUGACUUGUUGGAGAUGGGUCCUUAUGCAGAUGCUGUCAUAGGGAUCCAGGGUAAAGGUCUCAACGUUGAGCAAAGGAAGCGCCUUUCCAUCGGCGUUGAACUGGUCGCCAAACCCGAAGCUCUCAUCUUUCUCGACGAACCUACCUCCGGUCUCGAUAGCCAAACAGCAUGGGCAAUCGUAUCCCUUCUCAAGAAGCUCGCAGACCACGGGCUAGCUAUCCUGUGUACCAUUCACCAACCGUCCGGCAUCAUCUUUCAGCAAUUCGAUCGACUGUUACUUUUGGCGAAAGGUGGCAGAACUGUUUACUUUGGCGACAUUGGUGAGAAUGCCACUGGCUUGACGGGAUACUUUGAGAAGCAUGGUGCUGCUCAUUGCCGACCAGAAGACAAUCCCGCUGAGUGGAUGCUCCACGUCAUCGGCGCUGCACCGGGUGCUCAUACGGAUCGUGACUGGGUUGAGACCUGGAAGACUAGUUCUGAAUUUCAGCUUGUCCAGAAGGAGCUUGACAGCCUAACCCGGUCGACGCAGGCCUCUAGCGAAGCAGCACAGGCUACCUCCUACGCUGCCUCGGUCUCACAGCAGUUCUUGGCCUGCACCCAACGCGUUGCUCAGCAAUACUGGCGAACCCCGACUUACAUCUACUCUAAACUAUCCCUUUGCCUCAUUACGAGUCUCUUCAUCGGCCUCUCCUUCCAGGACUCCCCACUAUCUCUCCAAGGUCUCCAAAACCAACUCUUCUCGAUCUUCAUGCUGCUCGUCAUCUUCGCAUUCCUUUCCUACCAAACCAUGCCCGGCUUCGUCACCCAACGCACGCUCUACGAAGGACGCGAAAGGUCUUCCAAAACAUAUGCUUGGUACAACCUUAUACUCGCCAACACAGUCAUCGAAAUGGCUUGGAACUCUGUGGCGUGUCUGGCAGUCUACUUCCCGUUCUACUUCCUUGUUGGGAUGUAUGACAAUGGCCGUCUUACAGAUACGCAGCAUGAACGAGGGGCAUUCAUGUUUGUCUUGACGUGGGCGUUUUUGGUAUAUGAGGGGACGUUUUCGCAUAUGUGUGUUGCCGGGGCACCGACUGCUGAGGUUGGAGCAACGUUUGGGUUGUUCCUGUUCAUGAUGUCUCUUGUGUUUUGCGGUGUUCUCGUUCCAUACUCGGGCCUCCCUGGAUUCUGGACAUUCAUGUACCGCGUCUCACCCUUGACAUACCUCAUCGGUGCCAUGAUCUCUAAUGGUGUUGGCAAGCAAGAAGUCACCUGCUCAGACAUUGAGUUUCUGCAGUUCCAAACUCCGGCGAACCUCACUUGUGGCGAAUAUGUCGGACAGUUCGUUCAGGCAGUUGGGGGCGCGCUAACAAAUCCGGGGUCGAACCAGACUUGCCUUUACUGUCCGAUUGCUUCGACUGAUACAUACCUUGGAACCUUAAGCAUUCGCUAUAGUGAGAGAUGGAGAAACUUUGGUGUGAUGUGGGCCUUUAUUGUAUUUGAUGUUGCUGCAGCUUUGAUGGCAUAUUGGUCGAUCAGGGUCCCCAAGAAGGGCAAGGGACUAUUGUUUUGGAGGAAGUAG